AUGCCUGUGUCAGAGGCCCUCGCGAAGGUCCAGAAUCUCAUUUCAGAGGAGGCAUCAGGAAACAAAGAUGCUCACGCAGACCUUCUCAGGGCAAUUCGGGAGCUGCAGCUUGCCGUCGAAACGCCGUUGGAGACUACCUCUCGAGUGAACUUUCAGAUGCUGCAAAAUAUCUCUAUUCGAGUCGCUAUCGAGCAUCGAUUCCUGCAUAUCCUCGUUGCCCUUGAUAAGCACGUUUCCGCUACGGAACUGGCUCAGGAGACGGGGGUGGAUGUUUUGUUGAUCGUCCGAGUAAUGCGCAUGUUGACGGCCAUUGGUUUCUGCGAUGAAGUCGGCUAUCAACUAUAUGCUGCUAACGAUAAGACGCGCUUCAAGAUCCUUCCAGGAUCAGUUGCAGCCGAGAAACAUCACUUCGAUCUCGAUUUCGGAAUGGGCGGGCGACUAGUAGACUACAUGCGCGGACCUGGAAUUCAACAAUUCGCCGACCAACCCGAUGCUAUCACACUCUUUAAAUAUGCCCAUGGUACCGAUGUCAUCUUCGGUCUUUUGGAGCAGAACCCGGAGCAGAAACAAGCUUUCGACGAUUACAUGGCUGCACGUCGCGCAGAUGACAUGCCACAGUGGUUCGAAAUCUACCCAGCAGCAGAGGAAGUGGGCCCGCUUCGGGAAUACCCGAGUGCAGCUUUGAUGGUUGAUGUCGGUGGAGGCCCUGGACAAGAACUGGCAAGAUUCAAGGAGCGGUACCCCAAUCUUCCGGGUCGAUUUGUCCUUCAGGAUCUUCCAAUUACAUUGAGCCGCAUUGAGAAGCUACCAGAAGGGAUUGACGCCAUGGAGUAUGACUUUUUCACUCCGCAGCCUGUCAAAGGCUCCCGGUUGUACUUCCUCCGAGAUGUACUGCACAACUGGUCGGAUACCAAGAGUGCCCAGAUCCUAUCUCGAAUCGUUGAGGCUAUGGAUCCAGAGUACUCAACUCUGAUUAUCGAUGAUUAUGUUCUUCCUGAUACCGGGGCUGAGCUCCGAGCUGCGGAAAUGGAUAUUCUCAUGUGGCUUCACACAGCGGGGCUGGAGAGAACAGUCUCUCAAUGGAAGAGCCUGUUCGAUACGGUGGGCCUGGAACUUGUCAAAAUCUGGACCUCUCCCCGCGGAAAUGAGUCUGUGUUAGAAACCAAGGUUCGGCGGAAAUAG